CGACAUCCCAACAGAAAUCUCGGAUAGCGGCACCUGCACGACAGAGGAACGCUGAGAAUAAAGUAUUGAAGACAUCUAAUUCGACAUCUUCUAAACCUAAACCAGUUGACGAUAACGUACAGAAAUACUGGGAAGAAAAGCUUAGUAAUCUCAAGGACGUCGUUGACAAUGAGGUUAAUAAGAUAAAUGAAAUGGAUACAAUGCGUCAACGUAUGCAGCAAAUUGAAGCAGAGCAGAUCGAGUCACGAAAAAGACAAGCAACGACUGACGAAUUGAAUGCCGCUAAGGCUAGUCAUAUCGAGGAAAUUUCAACUAUGAAACACGAGCAUAAAGCACGCGAAACUGAGCUAGAAGAUGAGCUGCACAAUUUACAUAAAGUACAGAAAGCUCUCGAGGAGGAAUUAAAUAUGGAAAAAGCCCAUUCGAAGAAGCUCAAAACAGAACUGGCAAAGUUCACAAAUAACUCCAUGGCCCUUGAAACGGAUGUACGGAAGAUUAAAGAGGCUCUCUCGAAUGCUGAACAUAGACUGGAAAUGGCCAAAGAGAAGGGUGCUUCCCGUGAAGACGAAAUGGCAUCAAUGAUAACCAAACAAGCUGAAAUGGAGAACGAAUUGAGAGCAGGAGAGAGUCUUAGAAAGAAGCUUCACAAUACCAUACAAGAGCUCAAAGGAAACGUCAGAGUCUUUGCUCGUGUCAGACCAAAAUUAGAUCGCGAUCAUACAGCUGAAGUUGCAAAUUUUGUUUAUCCUGAUGGCAUGAAUAGGGAUGGUGGUAAACAAAUCACUCUGCAGUCAUCGACUCUCAAUGCUGAGGGUAAAUCACGUGAUCAAAGCUACAAUUUCAGCUUUGAUAGAGUGUUUGGACCCCAAAGCUUGCAAGAAGAAGUAUUUGGAGAGAUUGAACAGCUCACUCAGAGUGUACUCGAUGGUUACAAUGUAUGCAUAUUCGCCUAUGGUCAGACAGGUAGUGGUAAAUCUUGGACAAUGGAGGGCGGUGUGAGAUAUCAGCUUCGGUUACGUAUACAUCCAACUGACAAUUCUCCUAGUCGCAUAAAGGAAUUGAUGCAGGUAUGAUUCCUAGGGCGAUCUACCACAUCUUCGACACCACGAGAAAGUUGGAGGAUCAAGGUUGGUCUUUCAAGCUUCAUGGUCAGUUUUUAGAAAUUUACAAUGAAAACAUAAUCGACUUGUUAGGUUCGGGAGAACAAGAAAAGAAACAUAACAUAACCCAUGAAAAGAGUGGCUCGACAACGGUGUCGGAUGUUGUGGUUGUACCACUCAGCGAACCUAGUCAUGUACACAAUCUGCUACGCAAAGCUAACAAGAAACGUACUACAGCAAGCACAAGAGUUCAUGAGCAAUCAUCACGUAGUAGUAGUGUUUUUAGCCUUAAAUUGGAAGGUAGCAAUGAGGUAACAGGCGAACACUGUAAAUCAGUGCUCAACCUGGUUGAUCUCGCAGGAUCUGAAAGGUUAGACUCGACUGGUACGCUUAACGAUCCAACAAGACUCAAGGAAACACAAGCUAUUAACAAAUCAUUGAGUUCUUUAUCAGAUGUCAUAUCAGCGCUUGGUUCAGGUUCUCACGUCCCAUAUCGUAAUUCCAAAUUAACUUAUCUCCUUCAAAAUAGUUUGAAUAAUAAUAGCAAAACACUCAUGUUUCUUAAUCUUUCUCCUAUGCAGGAUCAUCUUCAAGAAUCGUUAUGCUCACUUAGAUUCGCACUCAAGGUUCAUAGCACACAUAUUGGUCAAGCAAAACGAUCGAUGGUUGUAAAAAAUUAAAUCGUUGUAACAUUAGUUGUCUUCUUUCAUAUAUUUAUCAAAAUCUAACCAGCGUUGCUUAGUAUCAAGUAAAGUUUCCUUAGUGACGUUCGCAACGCUAAUUCUUAAAUGAUUGUUAGCGUCACUGUGAUUAUCAGUUGUGAAAAAAGCACCUGGUAGUGUUAAUAUGCCAAAUUGUCGGGCUAAUGUCGAUGCAACAUCGGUAGAAGAUAGAUUGUACGGAUAGUUGACAAAGGCAUAGUAAGCACCUGAAGAAGUGAUACUCCAUCCACCUAAUUCAUCAAUAAGCGACUUUAGUGUUUUAUGUUUCUCUAUUAAUGAUAAUUUUUGUUCCAGCUUGAAAUCGUUGAGUUGAUCAUAUAUUGGCGCUAUUGCCGAUUGAGAGAUAUUUGAAGGAGAAAUCUGAUAGCAGUCCGCCACUUUCAUGCACUGUCCGAUAAAGUCCUCAUGUGCAAUUAUACCACCCAAUCUUAAACCAGGAAUCGCCAAAUCCUUGCUAAAUGAAAAUAAUUGAAUGAGAUUGUUGAGUCCUAAUGUAUGCAGAUUGUGUGGUCUAUCAAAUUCUGAAAAUGAUCUAUAGGUCUCAUCUAAGAUGAGUGGUAUGUGCUUAUCUGCGCAAAUUUUCAUACACUCCUCUAAAACAUUUGAAGGUAUUGAUACACCAGUUGGAUUAUUUGGUGUUACUAAAACUACAGCUCGUGUAUUGGUAUCAAUCACGGCCUCCAAGUCCUUUGGAUUAGGUACAAAUGCCUUAUCAGCUCGGCAGUCGAGUAAUCUAACAUCUAUAGAUAGCUGACUGAGUGUCAUUUCAUGAUUAAAGUAAAAAGGUGAUUGUAGCACGAUAUUACUAGUAUCAUUGAUUUGCGUCAAUGCGAGAAUUGUAGUGUAAAAAGCAGCGUUUGCUCCAGGAGUGAUAAGGAUGUUAUCAGUUGAUAAAGACGCAUUGUAGUGUCUAUUCAAAUCAUCCUUAAAAGCUUCUUUAAAUGCUGGUUGACCUGAAAUAGCACCAUAUUGAUAGUUCGUUGUAAUAACAGACUGUUUCCCUAAUUCUUGUUGAAGUAACAGAGGUGGUGGAUCAAUUGGUACACCCUGGCUUAGAUUGUAAGAUGAAUUACCGUUAUAUUCGUCAAGCCAUAAUCUAGCUUCCGGUAUCGGCGGUAAUUUUGAACUCCUAACUGAUUUACUCGCUUCGUAGUUUACGAUCAUGAGUGUGGUUGACAGACUAUCACAUCAGCUUAAUAAAUCAAAGGAGUGCACUUAUAAAGAUAGUAAUGAUAACACUCUAAUAAACAGUACCAAUUUUAAGAAGAAUUUCUUACAAAAGUACUUUAUUCUGACGGAGAAUGGUAAACCUGUAUUCAACAGUGAUGAAUUCCAUGAUAGUUAUAGACUGAGCAACAAACAAUUCAAUUUAGCUUUAAAAUCUAAAGCUUCACUUAAUAGUCUGAAAACUGCAUCCAUAAAUUCACUCAGAAUGGGUAAUCUCAAUGAAUUGAGGCAUAACGACGAUGAAAAUGAGGAAGAAUUUGAUUAUACAAGUUUAAUAGGUGUAUUGACUUUAGUACACAACUUGAUUAAUUUAGAGAAUGAUGAGAUCAAGUACAUAAAAUCAAACAAUGACCUCACUAUCCAUUUUAAUAAGUUUGAUCACUUGAUAUACGUGUACAUAAGUAAUUUAAAAGAGAGCAACAAGAUUAUUAGCCAACGCUUGGGACUUCUACACCAACAACUGCUAUCAAUCAUACCAAAGUAUCACAUUGACAAUAUUUUCAGAACUAAACCAAAUUAUGAUUUACGACAAUUAGUUGAAGGUUCUGAAGGUUUAUUGAAAAGCUUUAUAAUUAAGUUAGAAUCGAACUUUAAUUACAAUCUUAUGGGUAUUCAACCUUUUAAAAUGGACUUAAAAUUUAGGAACCUAAUCGGAAGUAUGUUGUUGCCACCGAAACAUCUCAAGAGUCAUCAUCUAUAUACUAUUCUAUUUGCGUACGGAAAAGUUGUCACUAUUGUUAGACCAAAAAAACAUAGCAUUCAUCCAACCGAUCUUAUAAUUGUACUCAACACAGUAACAUCAUCACCAAGUUUGAGAAACUGUCAAUCAUGGUUACCUAUCUCAUUACCAAAGUUCACAUCGAAGGGCUUUCUGAAUGCAUAUAUAGCGUUCGAAGGACCAUCAGCUCAACUUAAAGGAGAACUUGGUUUAUCAAACCAACCAGAGAUUGGCGUUAUACAUAUAAGUGGAAAUCCCGAAUCGUUUGAAGAUAUCAGUGAUUGGUGGGAUGAAACUAAAAAGAAGUUGAAAGAAAACGACGUUUUUGACCAUAUAUACAAGUCGGCAAACGAGUCAGCUUAUAGUUGUGGUGACGUUGCUGUCCCAGGUGUGAGGCAUUUUGUUUUCAAGAACAAAGCAAAUGUGCAGAUUACUUGCCCAACUUAUGACAGUCCUUAUGCAGAAGAUAUGCACUCCAGGCAGCGCUUAUUGAAUUCUUAUGAUGAACUAUACAAUCGUGUACGUUCUACGUCAGCAACUAGUGGAAUAGGCAUACCUAGUAGUAAAUCGUCUGAUUCACUUAGAUCAAGCGCUAAAGAUAAAGAUACAAUAGCCGAAAGUACCAGUAGGAGUAGUGUUAUUGGUGACAGAACUAGUGUGAUAGGUGAUCGAAGCAGCACAAUUGAUGGAGCAGAAAGCGUGAUUGAUAAUAAUGGAACUAAUGCUGAUGGAGAUGAUAAUGAGGAUGUUACAACAAGCGAAAGUGCACGAGUAAACGACUUAGCUGACCAAAACACAAAUACAUCUGAACAAACAGUACAACCUGAAGUAGCAGACCAACAAGAUGAACGAAGGGUAAAUGAUAAGGAUGAUACCAAGCAAACAGAUAACCAGCAUGAUAAAAAUGAUACCACAGUAAUAACGAAACGAAACGACAAGACACUUUCAAAGCAACUAUAUCAAGCGACAAUAACGACACCAACUAAUUUGCUGAAAACAACGACUUCGAUGAUGGGCGGACUCUUAACUGUUCCGUCUAUACCACAAUUCGGACAACGAUCGACACAAUCUACGAGAUCAACACCUCAGCACGUUAGACAAAGAUCAUCAUACUAUAUAAAGAAUGAAUAUGAAGGUGUUUUGGUAUGGUCAACGAGAAUUUUUGAAUUAUAUAUAGCGUUACCUGCUUCCAUGCCACACAGAGCUGCAAUUAAUAGCGCACAAUCACUCGUUAAAUGGAUAAGAAGAGAAGAGCAAAGUUUGUUUCUUGGCAAUACUCCAACAUUUUAAACAUGUUUUUGGUGUUUCUUAUUUG